GAGGGCGAGAGGCGUGGAGACGGAGGCGGCUGCGGCGAAGGGGGAGCAAAAGUUGCUGUGAGGGCGGGGCCGUGGCUGGAAUCUCCGCCGGGAGGGGGCGAGAAAGGAGCUGGGAGCUGGCGCCGCCGGAGACGGAGAUUUCACUGGAAAAAGAAUGAGAUAAACAUGGAGUCUUCUAAACUGGAUUAUAUUUCAUGGAUCACAGUUAAAAGUAAAAAGAUGGAGGGAAGUCAGAGAAUACAAGUAUAAUGCCUGUAUAAACUCAUAAUACAACUCAUGAUUUAUAGUAAUACUUCGUCGAUAUUCUUGAAAGAAGAAGUCAAUUACCGUGCAACAUUCUUAAUAAGAACUUUAAUCACGUAUUUUAACCGGACAGCAUAUUUUUUUAUAGUAUUUUUUCCUUUUUUUGUGAAGUCAGUUAAAAUACAGCCACGUGAAGAUUUUAGUGGAAUCUCUGAUCCUCAGAAGUGACUGACAACUGCACCUAGAAUGAGGGCUUAAACCCCCAAAUGGUCACUGUUACAGAGUUGAAUGGAAUACCGUGACAUCAGAGCAAUUGUCUUAGGAUCUUCUUUGCCUUGGAUCCAUCAUAUCCUUAAAUAUUUAAGUGUAAACAGCACUGUUAUAAAGUCUAGAAAAUAAUGGCAUGGGUGAAAUUUUUAAGAAAACCCGGGGGUAACCUUGGAAAAGUUUAUCAGCCUGGAAGUAUUUUGUCCCUGGCCCCUACAAAAGGCUUAUUAAACGAACCAGGACAGAACAGCUGCUUUCUUAAUAGUGCUGUUCAGGUUUUAUGGCAGCUUGACAUAUUUCGACGAAGUUUAAGAGGUUUAACUGGACAUGUGUGCCAGGGUGAUGCAUGCAUAUUUUGUGCUUUGAAGGCAAUAUUUUCACAAUUUCAACACAGUCGAGAAAAAGCACUCCCAUCAGAUAACAUGAGACAUGCCCUGGCAGAAAGUUUUAAAGAUGAGCAGCGUUUCCAGCUUGGAUUCAUGGAUGAUGCAGCAGAAUGCUUUGAAAAUAUCCUUGAGAGGAUUCAUUUUCACCUAGUGCCAAACAGCGACACAGAUAUGUGCACUUCAAAAUCCUGUAUUUCUCAUCAAAAGUUUGCAAUGACACUGUAUGAACAGUGCGUAUGCCGUAGUUGUGGAGCAUCAUCAGACCCGUUGCCUUUUACGGAAUUUGUGCGUUAUAUUUCUACCACAGCUUUGUGUAAUGAGGUAGAAAGAAUGAUGGAGAGGCAUGAGCGUCUCAAGCCAGAAAUGUUUGCAGAACUGCUGCAGGCAGCAAAUACUGCUGAUGACUACAGGAAGUGUCCUAGUAACUGUGGUCAAAAAAUAAAAAUCCGUCGUGUUCUAAUGAAUUGCCCUGAGAUUGUGACAAUUGGUUUAGUCUGGGACUCAGAACACUCUGAUCUGACAGAAGAGGUUAUGCGGAAUCUGGCAACGCAACUUUAUCUUCCUGGGCUGUUCUAUAGGGUUACAGAUGAAAAUGCCAAAAACAGUGAACUUUUUCUUGUGGGUAUGAUUUGCUACACAAGCCGACAUUACUGUGCCUUUGCCUUUCACACCAAGAGUUGCAAAUGGGUGCUGUUUGAUGAUGCUAAUGUGAAAGAGAUUGGAACAAAAUGGAAAGAUGUAGUCUCCAGGUGCAUUCGAUGUCACUUUCAGCCAUUGUUGCUGUUUUAUGCUAACCCAGAUGGCACAGCUGUAUCUCCAGAAGAUGCUCCAAAACAGAUUAUUCACUGGUCUCAAAACAGAGCAACAGGAGGAAAUGUAGAAGACUUGGGAUUUGAGAAGCAUUCUGCUCCUAAGUCAGACCAUCCAAAAGAGAAUGGAAUUGGAGACUCUGCUAGUCAAAGGAGUAAUAAAAAACUUCAGCCAGAUAGUUCAGCAUUCAGUAGAAGCCACAUCCAGGCUAGUGGCGGUAAAGGUCCAGCUAAGUUAGCUUACGGUGAUCAAAAGGAUAGGCUGAAGGACAUAUCCAGAGAGUGUGCUCAGAAAGCUGCUGAUAUGAAAAACUUCUCAUCUUUACGAAAAGAUGCAGACAGAGGACCAAGGAAGGAAUCUGGGAGACAAAGAGAUUUAAUUGGGGAAGAUCGUUCCAAUUUUAAGUCAGGGUCUCCUCCAGUUGGAAAUGGACUUAGGCAAUGCACAGAUCAGCGCAUAUACAGCAGCCAAGGAAGAGGGCCUUAUAAACAUGACAGUGUACCUCCCCAAACAAAACUUACAGUACAGGUGCUUGGAUCAAAUAAAACAGAAGUUUUUCCUGCUGGUGAGAAACCGAUGCUUCGGACCCGAACUGAUGGUGUCACUGGCUAUGAUACGGAUAGCAGUCAAGACUCUAGGGAUAAAGGAAGUAUCAUUAGUAGCAGAAACAGAAGUAAAGGCUGGAAACCCAUGCGAGAGACACUAAACGUAGACAGCAUUUUCAGUGAGACUGAGAAGAAACAACAUAGCCCAAAGCACAAGGCAAAUCUGAACAGUAAAUCUAAGCAUGAAAAAGAGCGAAGCUUUAACCAUUGGCCAAAAGAGAACCAAAUCCAGAAGGGUUUAAUGACUAUAUAUGAAGAUGAAACAAAACAAGAUACAGGAAGUAGAAGUUCUUUGGAUUCAGAGGGGAAAGGGAAUGUUGAAAAAAGCAAAGGGUUUGCAGAGAGAAAAAUCCAUGGUGAUAACUGGCAAAUUCAGAGGACAGAAUCUGGUUAUGAAAGCAGUGAUCAUAUCAGCAAUGGAUCAGCAAAUCCGGACUCGCCUGUUAUUGAAGGAAUCCAUCCAGCAGAUGUCAAGAAUAUUAAAGAAGGUGCUUCCUGCAGUGAGCAGAAUUUAUCAACAAAAAAAGCUGAAAAUGUGUUACAUUCAGGAUCACAGCAGAACAGAAACUUUUACGACUCUAGGAAAGACCCCGUCAAUACAGAAGUUAACUACAGACCUCAUGUUAAUAUCCCAACAGAAUUGCAUUUGCAGGUGCCCAGUCCUCAAGUAAAGAGAGCUGAAAUGCCUGAGAUUAAUAGGAAAUUUCUCCCAUCGUCAACUCUACAGCCAGUUCUUAAAGAGAUUGUGAAGUCAGACAGUAGGAACAAGGCCAAUGAACAGAAUUCUUCAGAGUGGCUUAAUCCAGACAGAUUUGAGACAAUGAAUGUGUCAGCAUAUUGUGCUGAUCGUGUAUCCCACCCUUACCCAGAAAACAACUGUGGAAGGAAGCCCAUCAACAAUGACUUUCACCCUUCUUCCCAACUGCAGCCUCAUCAUGCAAGAACAUUUGGUCCCAAAGUGGGGUUUUCACCUUUCGUGCCACAGAAUCCCUCAGAAAGGCCUGCUGUGCUGUCUCCUCCCUGUGACAAUGCCGGACACCAGCUCCGACGAGUGGAUGCUCUUUGGAUGCCAGAAGCAGUUUACCAGAAUCUUCCUCCCCCUUUACCUCCAAAGAAAUAUGCUCUGAAUAUUUUGCCAGGAUCAGAAACUAACUCAGUAGCUGAUAUAAAAUCAACAGAAGCGUUGCAGAAUAAUUCAUUAAGACAAACAGGUACACCUUUUAAGUCUGCAUCAGAAGCAAAUGUAUUUACAACCGAACAAAGGCUUAAAGAGUCAUUUCAAGGGAAUGAGUUGUUUGUUCAUAAACCAGAUUCUCCACCUAGCUUACCAGUUAAUGACUUUUGGUUGAUGUCUGAGAACUUUUUAAAGAAAGGAUCUCGCCAUACAGGACCAAGUGCUGGCUAUGUGGAUGGAAACGAUAGUGUAUCCCUAACAACUUAUUUUUCAGUAGACAGUUGUAUGACUGACACAUACAGAAUGAAAUAUCAUCAGAGACCCAAGCUGUAUUUUGCAGAUAGUGGCAGCUUUCACAAAGAAAAGCAUCUCACACCAACUGGAGUAGAACUGAAUCCUACGUACCAUACUACUCUUGAGCCCAGACAUCCCACAUCCGAGCAAAGAUACAAAGCAAACGUAGAAGGCAUACACUGCAGUAGAUAGAUUAAAAAUACGUCUGGAUCUGACUGUUGCAUUUCAUGUAGUCUGCGAAUGGGCACAGGACUUGAAUCUGUGUGUGGUAGGUUGGUACCCAGUCGGCUGUAUUUUGCUUAGGAGUUUAAAUGAAUAUGCAGAUGUAGGUGAACAGAGGAGAAGAGGUGCUAAACUUCUGGUUCUUUGAUUUAUUACUCCUAGUUGCCUUAAUGCUUACCUCUGUUACUUGGCUCGUCUUCUACAAUUUAUGUUAAAAAGGGUCCCUUUAAUUGUAUGCAUCUUACAAAAGUGGGAUCAACUAGAUGUUACUAAUUGGUUUUUUUUUUAAGACUUAAAUAGCUGCAGUAUAAGAAGUGUUCCUUCAGACUUCAGUCACUACAUACUUAGACUAACAAAAGGAAUAAUUAAUUACCAGUAAAUAUUACACAGCGAGUAUAACAGCAGUAUUUUCCCUGAUAGGUAGCAGGAGGUUGUUUUUUUGACUGAUGUCGCUGAGAGUCUGUGCUUUCACAAACCUUUAAGUGUCUUUAAUACAAGUUUAUCCAGAGAUUUUCUAACUUGUUAUUUAAAAGCCUUAAUAAUAAUUCUUUAAAACUGUUUUUUUUGCAAGUGUUAGGUAAGAUUUUAUUUUUAAGGGAAUUCAAGUAGAAUCGUAAAAUCAUACAAUCAUUAGAGUUGUAAGGGACCCCUAAAAGUCAUGAUUCAACUCCCCUACAAUGACAAGGGAAACCUACAGCUACAUCAGGUUGCUCAGAGCCCCGUCCAGCCAGACCUUGAAUGUUACCAAGAAUGGGGCAUUUACCACAUCUCUGGGCAGCAUGUUCCAAUACUUCACUACCCUUAUCAUAAAGAAAAAAAAAAAGCACUUACAUUUAAUCUCAAUUUCCUCUCUUUCUGGUUUUUGAAACCAUUUCACACAGACCGUGCUAAACAGUCUGUUCCCUUCUUAUAAGCGCUCCAUAUAGCUUCCAGAGGGCCCUUCCAACCUCAGUCAGUCUGUGGGUCUGUGGAUUCUGUGCUUUCUGCCAAUGCUCCCUGGUUGUGCAUCGGUUGUGUACUCAGCACCAUAUGCCCAUGUUCCUCCACAGAGUUCUGCACAGACACUCAUGGGCAGAGGAUUUGUUCAUAGAAUCAAUUUAUUGACUGUGUGCACAGGGGCUCCUGGAAGUAAUCAAAUCUCUCUAAGAUUGUUAGUGAUCACUGCUUGCAUGUUAACAACUCUUUGUUGCAAGCCUCCACGCAACAUCGUCUUCAGCUGUAUGAAGUCAGGUUCCCAAAAAUGUGGUUUGGCAGCAGAGAAAAUGUGUGGGAGCAGUACCCACUGUCUGUUGAGUAGUGUCUGCUGCUUGUCUAGUACACUCAGUCCUGGGGCACUACCCUCCAGGAGGUGCUGGGACAGGUAGGUUCUCCACCUUGCCUUUAGCAAGCACAUCAAGGCACAUUAGUGGUGCCUCUUGCUGGGUCCCUGCACAACCACAGCUGAGAGGGGUAAUGUCAGGUCCUGUGCGAAAUGGCCACCCAGGCUGUGCCAGUUCAUGGGAUGGGAAGGCAGGGUGAAAAUUUAUGGCUACAGCACUGCUGUCAUCACUGGCUUCUCUGCUGGGGAGACUGUCCCAAUGCUUCUCUUUGCAGCAGGCUGCAGCACAGGGCCUUCCCUCUCCUUUCUUUCUCUGCAUCCUGCCUGCCCUCUUCUUCCUUCUUGUAGCAGGUCAUCAUCUGCCACCAGCUGUGAGUCCCAUCUGUGCAGUUUUGUGUGAGAAGACCACUUUCUGUGCCAGUGGAGACCUCUUCCAGGGUCAGCCUUCUUGUAAGUUGAUCUCACAGCUCCUUGAAUUUAAGCAGCGCCUGGGUGUGGGUGGCUAGCUGGAAGAUGUUGAGCAGGUCAGCUGUUCAGAAGGCUGGGACAAGACCCACAUCCUCAGGAACCCUGUCGUAGCAUAAGAGGAUGCAGUUGAGGCUUUUCUAGGCAGCAGCAGAGGUGCUGCAGUAGAUCGUUCUGCUACAGGGGCAAUCCCUCUGGUAUCAGGCUUGAUGAGGCUGUGGUUGUCAGGUGGAGAACUACAACCAGCUUGAGGGGGAAAAGCUUGUGCCCACCAGCAGACAGGUGCAAGACUGCAGACAGUUGGAGGUGGAAGCUGUGGUGCUGGGCACGCCUGGCUGUCUGCCCAACCAACUGCAUUGCUGCCCCAGCGCAGUUUUCUGGCUAUGCUGUGCUGCUGCUGAAGCUGGCAUUAGCCUGCUUGAUGCUCAGGAAGGUGUCUGAGUCAUCAGGCUGUACCCUAAACAUCAUUUCAAUGGAGAAGGUGUUCAUGGAGGUAGUGGUGAGCUCAGUCUUGAAGGAGUUGUGACAGGGCAGCGCAGUCAGGCAGCAACUCAGCAUGCAACUGAGGCAGAUGCCUCCAAUCUGCUUUCAUGCGGUUCUGGAACUAGUGGGUGGUUUUCUCCACAUGCAAGUAGGAGCCCUCACAGGAGAUGUCUAAGAGGCUGGGCUCCUGCUUCCCUCUCAGCUUGUUUUGAGCAUGGUGGAGAAAACACAGCACGUCCCUCAGCAGCUGCUCCCUCGUGUAGGUGCACUCCAGCUCCAGGUGUAGGCAGGACUUCCUUGCUGACAUCUCCUCCACAGUGGAAGAUGUACCUGGAGGGAGGCCUCAGAGGUGCGAGCAGGUGGUAGAAAAUAUUUUCUUCACGGGCACUCUGUCCUGUGUAGACACAGGCCACCCUGAUGUCCUGCUGCAGCCGGAGCGUGAAGCUGUGGCAGAAGCAUCUUUGGCAGGCCCAAAGAUAAUCAUCCACCAGCUCCUCCACUAUUUGGCACUUGUCUGCCAUGUACAGUACUGGACACUGUGUGCUCUUGGCUGAAACUCUGCCCAUGUUGCUUGUCUCAUUGGAGUCGUCUGCCUCUUUGUCCUUCUUGUCCUCCUCCUUCCUUGGGGAACUGUCCUGCUUCCUGCUGCUAUCCAGCUUAUGUCUCCUUUUCCCGAGGCACCGACAGAGCACAGAGAGCCCAGCAAAGGCCCAGAGCUGCGUGUGCUGCAAGGCAGCAAUGAGCAGGGCUUUCUUGGCCGCCCUGCUCUGAUCCUGGCUCCCCUGCUCCGUACUGUGCAACAGCAGUGCCAGGUAAACUCUAGUAAUACUAUCCUAUUAAUAUACCUGCUCUGUACACAUUCUUAAACUUGCUUGUCUCAUUUGUUCCCCCAUAAGCGAUAUACUUAGUAAAAUUCAAUUACGUAAGCUACAAACUGAUAUAGCAAAAGUGAUGCUAAUUUUAAAAUACAGAGUUACUAUACAACUAUUAAAUACCUAUUUUUAUAAGGUUUCAGAAUUAGGGAAUCAAAGAAUAGCCCAGGUUGGAAGGGGUUCUCAGAAGAUAACCAAGUCCAACUUUUUUGGGGGAAAAGGAAGCUUCGAUAAGAUUAUCUAGCGCUCUGUUCAGCUGCAUCUUGAAAACCUAUUCAAGAUGAGAUUGGGCAGGGUGCUAGGUAACAAUGUCCCUAGAGAAGUUGUUGCUAUUUAUUGAACUUCCUAUCCUUUCAGCUUGAUGUUUUGGGCAACGUUUAGUGGGGAUUAUACAUGAUUUCACUGACAAAUCUUGACCUCUUAGAAACAAUUCCACAAAUAGUUAAGUACUGUCAUAGCAAUUAAGUGUGAAUGACCCUGCAGCUGUUCAGACUGGGGUAGCAUAAAAAAAAGUUUUUUCCUCUGCUCUAGAACUCUGCCCUACUGUUUUGGCAGGUUUAGCAUUUACUGUGUCUUUCACUCAUCUGACUUAAUUCAGUAACAGAAGCAGAAUUUUAGUUUAUCUUUUGUUUGGUUAUACAUUAAGUCAGUGCACAGAAGUAUCCAAUGCACAGGUGGGAGGUGGGGAAAAAGCAGAGUGAAGAGGAUUUUACCCUCAUGGCAGUCCUGAGUGUUUGAAAUGACCCCCUCUGUGUUGCGGUGUCAGAAGCAUAGGCUUAGAGUUCUGUUUCAGUCUAUUCUAAGUAACAUAGAACUUAAAAUUAAUCUGGAAAGGCUGAAUUUUGUAAUUAUUUCUGUUAGUGUUAUCUUAAAAUUGGGGUGGUGCUGACUAUAUUUAAACGUAAAUGCCUUUUAGUUAGGAAAAUGUUGCAAGCAGGUUAAAUAUGCAUGGAAAACACUCUUGCUUAUGCUUGCACCGUUAGUCAGAAAGGCUUUUUUAUGUUUGUAUACCUUAUGUGAGUUUUAGUGCUUCUUCAACAAUAAACAAAGUUAUACGUUUGGUUAUUCUUCAUGAUCAGUAUUUUAAACUACUUAUAAUUUGUAGUGAAACUGGAAUACAACAUAUGCAACAAACCAGGUAUCUUAGAUGAACCUUAUUUUUACCUUCUUCAUGAGAAUUUGUUAUAGCACUUGAGAAAUGAAUUCUGGAGUUUGUAGUGCAAAUAAUUAUGCAUAUUUAGGAACGGUUGGUGGUAAACUUAAAAGUAUCUUUUUGUAAACAAACUGGAGAAAAAGCUUGAGCGUGAAAAAUCUUUGAAGAUUCGUGGUUGUCUUAUUUUUGAAAGAGAUUUCAAAACUUGUAAAUUUUUUUCUAAUGUUCCUACAGCAAUGUUACGUGCUAUACAUAGUCAUUUAAGUAAAGCUGUCUUCUAAUACUUGUGUAAAAAAAAAAAGUAUGAAAUUUGUAAAUAUUGUAUAAUUUGUAAAAUGUUUGCAGAAAUUGUAUUUGAAAUGACAGUAUUUUUAUGUAUAAAUAGCACAGCAACAACUGUGAAUGAUGUUAUAACAGUUAUUUUUAAACACGCGUAGCAAUGUUGAUACUUACGUACAAUGAGCAAUAUGAAUGCCUGUUACCGAUGCCAAUGAGUUUGGUUUCCAGUGAGCACAACUGGUAAAACUUAUUUUUGAAGUAGAUGCAGUUAAUGUAGAUGUACUUCUGUCUCCUUGCUUUGCUUGAAACAAUCUUACCAGACAACUUUUUACGUGACCCAUGUUUACCAGGUAUUUAAUUAUAACAGUAAACAGACAGCUAAUGAAGGCACCUUUGUUUUUAUAUUUGACUCUGCACUCCAUGUAUGUAUGUAAUAUUUGCUAACAAAUAAGCGGUAACUUGUUUUGACUUACCUAGGGUGCCUAUUUAUUUUUUUAUAAAUGUCCCCUUCUGGCUAUAGAUUUGUAUAAGAGCCUAGACAUAUUUUUAACAGUAAAUACGUUAAUAAGUCUUGUAAUAUAUUUUUCAGUCUUUAGAAUUAUUUUCUUGCAAAGUUCUGCUUGUUCAAAUUAUCAGAUAAAAAUAUAAAAUAUCUUUGUCUGUA